AAUCGAUUUGACUAUAUUCGGUAAUGUUCGUGAGUGUUCGUGACUGAAACAGUUUCACCAAGUGUCGGUUUAUCGUAUAGUUUUAGAUAUUGCGGACUAUUUUAUAUUUUUUACAUUAAAUUUAUAAUUAUUUAGUGGCUUAAAAAAUAUCAUAUUAAAUAAUAACAAUGGAUCCAGAAUUAGAAGCAAUUCGCCAACAACGGUUAGCACAAUUGCAAUCUCAAUACAAGGGAGGAAAUGUGGAAAAUAAGCAAGCGAUGGAAGAAAAGAGGCAGCAAAUGGAAGAUAUGCGUAAUUCAAUUCUUACCCAAGUAUUGGAUCAGGCAGCUAGAGGAAGAUUGAACACACUUUGCCUUGGAAAACCAGAAAAAGGAAAAAUGGUAGAGGAAAUGAUUUUGAACAUGGCUCAACGUGGACAAUUAUCUAACAAAUUAGGAGAAAAAGAACUAAUCAGUCUGUUAGAAAGUAUAAAUCAACAAACACAAAGAAGAACAGUUGUUAAGUUUGAUAGACGAAGAGCAGCAUUAGAUUCUGACGAUGAUGAUUUAUAGCCUUCGAGAUGAUAAUAUCAAUGUUAUUUUAAAUAUUUUUUUGUUUAAUUAUUAGAUAAAUGGCAUUAUAUACAGCAAAUUAUGUAUUGAUA